AUGUCUAUGUCCAAACCUUGCCCAUACAUUAAACUCCCCAUUGAGAAAAGCGGUAAACAACGCGAUCGUGUCAGCCAUCGGCCCUCACAAAACUCAUUGCCUCUGCCUCCGCAUCGGAAAACCCUCUCUCCCGCAACCACCAUCCAAGUCCUGCACAACCUCCAACAUCAACAUCUAUGGACAUCUCUCCAAAUUCACGACUUUAACGCCCCAAGCACUACUACAGACCCGGCUCUUGCGUCCUCAAAUGAAAAUACCAACGCCCCGACUUUGAUCUCAGGUAUUCCCCCGCACCGGGUCUACACCCACCCUGAUGAGCAGCUCUACAUGCUUGGAAAGGGCAUUCAGGAGGACGACCUCCGACCGGAACGGCUUUUUGUUAUCCCAACUGCACAGGGCCAGUCAUGGAGUCUGCGGCGUAUGGCAUCUGCAUUUGAUGCCAUGGCAGGGGUUCGGAUUGUUGAUGAUGGAGAAGAGCGACAAGCGCCGGAAGUGAAUGCUGAAAAGCAGCAGGCGCUGGAUGAAUAUUACGAGAAAAGAGAGGAGGCUGUGGCUACGAAGGAGUGGGGUUCUCAGCGCUUGUUAAUAUCGAUGGUGGAUAAGGGUAUGGGUGGAGAGGGGACGGUGGUCUACUAUGUUGUGCAGGAUGGCGAGGUGAAGCCUCGACAGAACUAA